UCUAUGUGAGGAAAUAACAUACAUCCAACGCUUUUGGCCGAUGUUUUUAGUUCUAGCGACAUCAUAUACUUGACCAGAGUUACACAGCGCACCGCUUUCAGAGGCCGGAACUAGUAAUCUUUUAUAUAUUGUCGAAAUGGGUCUUUUAGAUAGGCUAAGGAAGGAGUGGUUCAUUAUAGGAAUAGUGCUUGUGAUCACCUUAGCAAGGCUGGAGCCUUCUGUAGGGGUGAAGGGAGGACCCCUGAAGCCUGAGAUCUCAAUCACAUAUAUUGCUGUAUCUGCAAUAUUUUUUAACAGUGGACUCUCAUUAAAAACUGAGGAGUUAACCAGCGCUUUGAUGCAUGUGAAGCUUCAUCUUUUUGUCCAGAUCUUCACACUCGUAUUUUUUCCUGCUGCAAUAUGGCUUUUCCUGCAAAUCUUAUCAUUAACCACCAUCAAUGAAUGGCUGUUAAAAGGGUUGCAGACUGUUGGCUGUAUGCCUCCUCCUGUGUCCUCUGCUGUAAUUUUGACCAAAGCUGUUGGUGGAAAUGAGGCUGCUGCUAUAUUCAAUUCAGCCUUUGGAAGUUUUCUGGGUAUUGUUGUAACGCCACUUUUACUGCUACUUUUUCUUGGGUCUUCCUCUUCUGUGCCUUUCACCUCCAUAUUCUCACAGCUGUUUAUGACAGUAGUGGUCCCUCUCAUAGCUGGACAGAUUGUCCGCAGGUUCAUUAAGGACUGGCUAGAGAGGAAAAAGCCUCCUUACGGUGCUAUCAGCAGCUGUGUGCUCCUUAUGAUUAUCUACAUGACAUUCUGUGACACUUUCUCAAACCCACAUAUCGACCUGGAUAAGUUCAGUCUGAUCAUAGUGGUGUUCAUCAUAUUUUUCAUACAGCUCAGCUUCAUGCUUUUAACAUUCAUCUUUUCUACAGGAAAAAAAUCAGGAUUCACUCCUGCCGACACAGUGGCAAUUAUGUUUUGUGCUACACACAAAUCCCUCACUUUAGGGAUUCCAAUGCUGAAGAUAGUGUUUGAGGGCUACGAGCAUCUUUCCUUAAUCUCUGUCCCGUUGCUGAUCUACCACCCCGCGCAGAUUCUGCUGGGCAGCGUGCUGGUUCCAACGAUAAAGGCUUGGAUGGUCAAACGGCAAAAGGCACUGAAGUUAACAAAGCUGCAACCUGUAUAACAAGAAGCCCUGCUUUAGUCCUCCAUGAGUGUGCAGGUGAUGUAACACACAGGGGACCUUUUGCGUCGUCAACAUCUGCUUUUCAAGUGCCUUAACAGAUCCAGCUAGGAACACGGUCUGGGUUUUAAACCAGCAGGUUUGGUCCUGCAGAGGGUCUUUCUGCUGACCUUUCUUUUUUUAUACAUCUAUAUUUUUUUAUAUGUAAGUCAAGAGAUAAUGAAGAAUAAUCCAAUGAGUUCAUUCCAUGGCGUCUGCCAUCUGUUGAACUAUUGAGACAUUUGUAAAAAGGUGAAGGAUUUCCUAAUAACUUUUUGUGUGAAUUUUGAUCUGCUGCUUGAUGUUAUUUUAUUAAAAAAAAUCUUUUCGAUUGACUGUAAAAAUUAUUCAGUAUGACAUUUGACCUACCAUUAAUACAGAUUGGUAGGUUGACAAAAUACAUGUUACCUUUUAUUGUACUUGAGGUAGGAAAACUCUAGAUAUUACUUAGAUAUUGUAAGCUGUUCACAGCUAUUCCAAGCUACAGCAUUAGGAGUAUAUUAAGAGUCUGGCCCACUUUCUUAUUUAUAAAAACUUGAGACAUGACAGUGAUUCAAGUACCAACUGAAGACAUAUUGCAUAUACCCACACUCUCAGUAUGGAAUGUGAUGGGACAAUGAAGUCUUUAUAUCAUGGGAAAUAGUUACAGGGUUGCUUAGAAGACGUUAAGGUGUAUGGAUGGUCUGCGGUAAUGUCUUUGAACAUGUACUGCGUCAAAAUAGGUUAAUGUGUUCUUGUCUCAAUGCGUUCAAAUGUCUUGCAAGUCUAAAAAAAAAAAACAGACUCCCAUAAAACACACAUUGCUCUAUUUGCACCCUUGUUUUCACAAGGAAAAAACAACUGAAAAUAUUACAUAUCUAGCUAAAAGAAAUAACAGUGAUGUAGGCUACAUAAGGUCCUUUUUAAUUAAUACAUCUCAUUGCUUAUUUAAAGUUUUGGAGCAUUACCCAUUUGUUCUUCAAUGCUUUGUAAAUCCUCAGUGAAUUUGCCCAUUGUGAUGAUGUCUGUAAGAUACUGCUACUUUAUAAGCCAAUGUGUGUUAAUUGAAGGUCUUUAUGCGAAUAUCUCUGUCUCAGUAGUUAGAUAGUCUUUGAAACAUGUAAGUGUCAUUAUCCUGCCUGCUUUUUUGUUUUUAUUAACCUAUGCAAAUUAGAGUGCAUGCUAAUGAAGUCUCUAAGCACGCUACUCUGCUGUCCUGAACAAUAUGUCUCCCGCAUAAUUGCCACCAAGUACCUACAAAGCAAACAUCUCAGCUGUGAGUGGCCAUUGGUGCAAUUUACUUGAUCAAAAUGUAUUGUUGCAACAAGACAUCUCUGACUGGCAAAAAUCUUUUCAUUGAUUAGAACUGCAUUUCAGAGGAUAAGUGGGUAUAUUUCAGUCAGAGAAAGCCACAAACAGUAUGUGUCCAUUUCAUGUCAACUGAUCAUUAAGACUUACCGAACUUCAUAUUCUGACUGAACCACCUUCUGGUAUUAUCAGCAAACUAUGGAGCUUUGAACAUACAUCAGUCUAGGAUGCUGGUAUGUUGCUUUCUUAGUGACCAUAUUGAUCCUGGGACAACUGCACUUACAUAAACAGUGAUUCAUGCACCUUCACAGUUAAUGGAGUAGUACAAUUUACACAGAGUCUGUAAUGGGGGUUCUAAUCUGUGGACCACACAGUUUAGCAAUCAAACUAAAGUCUUCAAGGAGUCCGUUCAAUCACACAAAAACCAAAUGUGCAUUUUCACAUCAGUGGUCACUUUGUUUCAGUUUGACUCUAUUACUUUUAAUCUUUGUGUGAUGCCUUUCUUUACAACAUCCACAUUGAGUAGUUCCUUCUAGAGAUAUCAGUAAUUGGGCAUUCUCAAUCAGAGAUGAUACUGAAUCUCUUGCUGUUUGCGUGUUUUCCAUAGGUGUCCCCUAUUUGUAGACACAGUAUAGAAGAGUUGCUAUGCAGAAUCAGGCAUUAGUGACUGCUGAUAAGUUUGACUCUAGGGUUACCAAGACUCAUGACCAGAAGAUAGGCAAGAAGAACAAAUUACUUAAACGUGUUCAUGUGUUGUUCAUAUCAUGGUGUUUAUGUCCAUGCAUUGAACUGUAUUUUUAAAAAAGUAACACGCAAAAGUGGUCAAAGGACUAAGUACAAUAUUAUAGCCACAUUGUUUAAAAUUUUUCAUAGCAGUUCACGCUACUUAUUGUAUUACACACUCUCUUUCUCAUUAAUCAAUUUUCGCAGUAGCCAAAUAGGUACUUGUAGCCCUAGUCAUGAGGGUUUCUGACAGCCUACAAAUGACUUCUGAUAGGUGUAAAAAGAAACCGACAGAGUUGGUUUCUAAUGGUUUUUCUUGAGCAGCUGUUUUGGCGUGAGCGGUUUCCACAGGGGAGCCUGGUUCUGUUGUGGUUGUUCCCAAGUGAGUGGGUUAUUCUGCCUUGUAGAGAAGGCUAUUGGAACUUGCCUUUACAUUAGUAACAUUUUCCAAUCAAUUGGGAAGGUCUUUGGCUUUUUGCUUUUUUCAUGCAAUACAUUUCAGGGACAAGAACCUUGUUUGAUUUGCAUUUAAACUAAUAAGGGUUAUCUACAGUAAAGGUCAUUAUUACUACAAUAUAAAAAUACAAGUUUGCUGUUUUACUACAUACACUCAUUUGUUAAAAACAAAUGUAAUGUAAAUGUUUUAGAACAUUGUAUGAAAAGAAACAAACUGCUUGUUUCACCUCUAUUUGGAUUGUUAUAUAUUUAUUUUGAAUAUACAAAACCAUUGCUUCCCUGUAACGGACAAUUUAAGAAUGAUUAAUAUCUUACAAUUAAAUCUUCCUAAAUAAUUCCUAAUUAUAAGACUGAACCCUGGUUCCCUGUGUUAAUUGUCUCAUAGGAUGUUCAGUAUUCAAUGAGAAUGCAGCUAUUCUAGACUGCAGCCAUGUCUUAUCUGUAACAAUUACUUACGGUUCAAGAGUGCCCUUGUUAGAUUGCUCAAAUGACCUGCCCUCCUCCUUUCAGUGAAUAACAGGCAACUAUUGAACCAGGCAGGAUAAACAUUCUCUGUUCUCAUUUGUUAAAAUAAUAACGGGGCUUGUGUCAUCCAUUGUAAAGAGAGUAAAAAUAGCUCGGGAUCUCAGGACUGUAAACAGUGCAAUCUGCAGUCUUGCAGUUCAUGAAUACUCUGAAGACCUGAAACCUUUUACUUGUAUUUAUUUUUGUGUUGUUAUUCUCGGUCUAAGCAGGGUCUCAUGUUGAGGUUAAAUACUGUGUAACAAUCAUGGCCAAUGCAGCCUUAAAAAGAAAACAAUCUGGGUAUUCUAUUCAGUGUUCUAAAAAUGUGGAAAAUACAUUCAUGACUGUUUGCAUGCUCCAUUUUUGAAUGGCUGUAUUUUAGCAUCCUCAAUAUAAUACACAUGUCUGCAGACCCUAACUGUUUCCUAUUCCAGCAAUGUGUUUGUAUGGUUUUGUAGUUACAUUUGGAUUGUAUUCCUUUUUAAUUGAAGUGUGUGUAUAUAGAGCGCAUGUUAAACUGUUUUGCUGUUAAAGUGCUUUUAUCUGCACUAUAUACAGAAAAUAACGUACACUACAGAAAUAAAUGCAGUAAAAAGAAAUGGUCCAUUUUUCAGUUGAUUUGUGCCACCAAAGGACCAGUAAAAAAAUAAACAUUUCUUUAUGUUAACGAGAACGCUAAUGUCAAAAAAAAACCCCAAACUACUUCUCAUUGAAUUGAAAGGCUUUUAUUUCCACUUGGUUAUAACUUUUCUCAAACAGCAUAGCGCCGGUUUUCCACAGUAAUGGCAGCUACCGGAAAUUGUUACUUUUCUAUUGAUCCCAGUUGAGGUCCAAAGCUGUAUUUUACAGAAUUGUUUACACCUUAAUAUGUGUUUCUGAGUUUUACAGCUUUAAAGGAAAAAAUAGGCUUGCUGUUUCUUCCCUGAUAUUGAACUUUUCUCGAGUGCCAUCCAAAGUUAUUUGUUUUGUGAAAUGCCAAAUAGUUUCUGUUUAUAUUUACUUUCCUGGUUUUAUUGUUUUUCAU